CAGCUUUAUGUACAGGCAUUCGUAUGCCCUUUUUCUUAUAAAUCACGGCCUCAAAGACAUUUUGAAAAUGAGGAUUGCUGCAGGAGUCGUGUGUGUGUUAGCUAUUGGUAUCGUAGUUUACAGUCUUGUGUUAAUGUCAUUUACCAUUCAGGAGAGGAGUAAAGACAACAGGUUACAAGGGAGAAAAGAUCUAGAGGUUCUCAGAAGACUGAAGAGAAUUGAAAAUCAAGUUAAUAAAAUAGCCAGAUUAAUAGAGGUUGAAAAUCAAAAAGUCAAAGAGGCUGUUGUGGAACAGAAAAUUGCAAAGAAAACCAAGGUUAAGAAGUUGUAUCCAGAAUCGCCUCUCUUCAGUUCAUGGGGAGCUGAACUCACAAAAGAGGAACAGAUGGAAGCAGAAAGGCAGUUUCAGCAGUUUGGAUACAAUGUGUUCCUCAGUAACAGAUUACCAUUGAACAGAACAAUCCCUGAUACUCGAGACAUCAGAUGUACUGUGAAGAUUUACCCUAAGGACCUGCCAACCAUUAGUGUGGUUCUGAUCUAUUUUAAUGAGGCUCUGUCAGUAAUUAAAAGGGCAAUCUGCAGCAUCAUUGACAAAACUCCUGCUCAUCUUCUAAAGGAGAUCGUCCUAGUAGACGACUUCAGCUCAAAUGACGAUCUGCAUUUGGCUUUAGAUGUAUAUAUUGAUCUAAUUAAUAAAGACAAACCUGGCUUAAUCAAGAAAGUGAGACACAAACGGCAGAUGGGCCUUGCCAAGGCAAGAGUCUCAGGUUGGGAAGUGGCCACAGGUCAGGUGGUAGCCAUUCUGGAUGCGCACAUUGAAGUUCAUCAGGAAUGGGCAGAGCCACUACUUGCACGAAUCAAAGCUGACAGGACAGUAGUGCUGUCACCAGUGUUUGACAAAGUGAUGUUUGACACACUGGAGGUUAUUGAGUAUAUUCCUUCUGCUCAUGGGUUCGACUGGAACCUUUGGUGCAUGUAUGAGUCCUUCCAGCCAGAAUGGUACCAAAGCAACGACCCAUCAGAACCAGGGAAGAGUCCCUCAAUCAUGGGUAUUUUUGUCGCUGAUCGUCAGUUCCUGGGAGAAAUUGGAGUUUUGGAUGAAGGAAUGACAAUUUAUGGUGGUGAAAAUGUUGAACUUGCAAUACGUGUCUGGCUCUGCGGUGGGAGUAUUGAAGUGGUGCCGUGUUCAAAGAUCGCACACCUUGAAAGAGCACAUAAGCCAUAUUCAUCAGAUCUAACCAGACCCAUGACUCGAAACGCCCUGAGAGUGGCUGAAAUCUGGAUGGAUGAAUAUAAAUCAAAUGUGAAUAUUGCCUGGAAUCUCCCUUUAAAGGAUCAUGGGAUUGAUAUUGGUGAUGUGACUGAAAGAAAACAGCUACGAGAGAAACUCAAAUGUAAGCCUUUCAAAUGGUAUCUGGAAAAUGUAUAUCCUCUCCUGUACAGCUGGGAAGACAUACUGGCUUAUGGUGUGCUGAAGAAUGACAUUCAGGAAAGAUAUUGCAUUGAUCAAGGUGAAGUUCCUGGAAGUGUACCUAUUCUGUACGGGUGUCAUUACUAUGACCCUCAGGUACUGUAUCAUUGCUCUUACAACCGUAAUGGAGAGAUCUACAUUGGAGGCAUCAAAUCUCACACGUAUAACUCUAACCGUUGUCUAAUGGAUCCUGGUAGUGGAAAUACACCGGCGUUACAUGACUGCAAAAAUGCAGAGGAAAAAGGAUUGAGUAUAUAUUGGGACUUUUCUCAGGGAAAUGCAAUAAGAAACAGAAACACAAAUCGAUGUCUUGAGAUUGGGCAAGGAGAGGAUUAUUACUAUCAUCUCAUUUUGCAAACUUGCACAGGACAAAAAUGGACAAUACAACAUGUCAUCAAAGAUUUUUAAAAGGAAAUUUCACAAAAGUGGAAACAUUGUAAAAGAAAUCAAUGUAGAAAAAGCUUAAAAACAAAAAAGCUGUGUGUAUAUAUAUAUAUGUGUGUAUAAAUGUGUAUGUGUGUGUAUAUAUAUAUACAUAUACACACAUUUUGCAAAAGGUUUGCAACUGCUUUUUAGCACUUAAUUAAAAGCACCACAAUUAAAGGAGAAGUCCACUUCCAAA